AUGGACUCCUCAUCUGUCCAGCAAGAUGUUCACUUGGAGAACAGAAGCAGUAGUAGGGCCCUUAGCAGCUCUGAAGAACUUCUGGAUUGUGAAGUCAAGUCAGAUUUGCCAGUUACAACAGAUGAAAUUAAUACUACCAGUAUGAAUGUCAACGAAGUGCCAAAUGAAGAGGGAAGUCUGGAGAUAGACAGCAAAGUGGACGUCUGCCAGAAUGGGCCAGAGUCGCUCUUCCCUGACUCUUCUGUAUCUUUUGACCCCACCAGCAGAGCUCAGGGUCAAGAGUCGUCCCCAGGUGUGACUGGUUUCCAUGACAGCCUAAGGAAGUCUCAGGGAACUAGUGCUGAGGGCAUAGUUCUUAGAAAAGAAGCUUUGCAGUCACUCAAACUAAGUCUUCCCAUGCAAGAAACUGAAUUGUGCUCAGUAGAGUCUUCACUCCCAUUGGAGAAAGAAGAGCAAAUAAGACUUCAAGCAAGAAGACGGCUAGAAGAACAGCUCAAACAAUACAGAGUGAAGAUUUUUAGUGAGUACCACACAACAGAUCUAGAUUCAUCGAAUCAGUCUACAUCCAAAAACCGGCCCUCCAGCACCCUAGAUCCUGAGCUGAUGUUAAAUCCAGAAAUCUUGCCAAGAGCUAGCACUGUAGCAAUGACGAAAGAAUAUUCCUUUUUGCGGACCAGUGUCCCCAGGGGGCCAAAACUGGGUAGCUUGGGACUUCCAGCAUCAUCAAAAGAGAGAAGAAGUUCAAAAUCUAAGCCCAGUAAGAUCCGGUCCUUGGCUGACUACAAAACUGAAGAUUCAGGCUCUGGAAAUGCUACUGGGAAUUUUGUAGCUGCUGAUUUAUCUGGUGGGACUCUGAAGCAAAGCAGAAGUGGUCCAACAUCAGUUGUUUCUGAGAUUAGUCUGUCCUCUGACACAGAUGAUCGAAUAGAGACUUCUUCCUUGGCAGGAGAUAGCAUUUCAGAGAUUGAUGGGAGUGAAGUGGGAAUGAGGCUGGAUGGAAAUGAGAGUGACAGCUCUACCUACAGCAGUGUGUCAGGAAAAGGGCUGUAUAACAGCUUACAGAAUGCAGAAGGCAAACAGGGUAUUCUGUAUACAAUAAACGGCCAGAAGAUACAUCCUGAUGCAAUGGGGCAAUUUCCUUCAAUCAGUGAGGUGCUACAGGCUGCAGCAGUGGAGCAUCAAGCCCAAGGGCAAGAAGUUAAUGGGGAAGUACGGAGUAGGAGAGACAGUAUUUCUAGCAGUGUUUCUAUGGAAAGCUCUAUCGCAGGAACUCAUGACGAAAUGUUGCAGGUUCUGAAGGAGAAGAUGAGACUUGAAGGACAAUUAGAAGCACUCUCACUAGAAGCUAAUCAGGCUCUCAAAGAGAAGACUGAGCUACAAGCCCAGCUUGCAGCUUUGAACAUGAAGCUUCAGGCACAGAUGGAGCACAGCCAAAACAGCCAGCAGAAGCAGGAAUCUCUGAGCUCAGAAGUGGCCACGUUAAAGCAGUCUUGCUGGGAUCUGGAACGAGCAAUGGCUGACCUGCAAAAUACCUUGGAAGCAAAGAAUGCUAGUUUGGCUUCUUCAAAUAAUGAUUUGCAGUUAGCAGAGGAGCAGUACCAAAGACUCCUGAUGAAGGUUGAAGAUAUGCAAAAAAAUGUUCUCACCAGAGACAGCACAGUUCAUGAUCUGCGACAGCAAUUGGCUUCCUUACAGAACCAGCUUCAGAAGGUGCAGCUGGAACGGACCACACUGACCAAUAAGCUAAAGGCAUCUGAAACAGAAAUCACAUCACUCCAGAAUGUGCGGCAGUGGUACCAGCAGCAGCUUGUACUAGCACAGGAGGCACGUGUCAGGCUGCAGAGUGAGAUGGCCAAUAUACAGGCUGGGCAAAUGACUCAAGCGGGUAUGUUGGAACAUCUCAAACUAGAGAAUGUGGCACUGUCUCAGCAGCUGACUGAAACUCAGCACAGAUCCAUAAAAGAAAAGGAACGUAUUGCAGCACAGCUGCAAAAUAUUGAGGCUGACAUGUUAGAUCAAGAAGCUGCCUUCAUGCAGAUCCAGGAGGCUAAAACCAUGGUGGAAGAAGACUUGCAGAGAAAACUAGAGGAGUUUGAGGAUGAGAAGGAACAGCUUCAGAAAAUGGCUGAUUCUGCAGCAACAUUGGAGCAAGACUUGGAACAGGUCAAGCUGACUUUGCAUCAACGAGAUCUGCAGCUUGAGUCUUUACAGCAAGAACACCUAGACCUAAUGAAGCAAUUCACUCUGACCCAAGAGAUGUUGAACACCAAAGAGCAGUCCCUAGAUGACCUUCAGACACAGUAUGAUGAACUGAAGGCCAGAUUAGAAGAAUUCCAAAGUGACGCUACUUCUAAAGAUGACAUGAUCCAGUAUUUGCAGAAUGAGAAGAUUGUCUUGGAAGUAGCUCUGCAGGCAGCAAAAGCAAGCAAAGAGCAACUUGACGAAGGAGCAAUGCGCCUUGGAGAAGACACAGAAGUAGCAUCAGAAAUCUUGGAACAUCUGAGGCAAGAAAUGGCAGUCAAGUCGAGCCAGAUAGAAAAUCUGCAACAAGAAAAUGCCAGCCUUAAAAAACAGGUUCAAAAAGUGAAGGAACAGUUCCUGCAGCAGAAGGUAAUGGUGGAAGCUUAUCGAAGAGAUGCAAGUUCUAAGGACCAGCUGAUUAGUGAACUGAAAGCUACAAAGAAGCGGCUGGACUCAGAAGUGAAAGAGUUAAAACGAGACCUACUAAAAAUUCAAGUUGAAAAACAGUCACUUGAAUCGGAACAUUCGAAACUACAGAAGGAAGUAUCUCAGGUUCAGCAGCAGAUGGUGGAAAUAGAGAAUCAUCUUCAGUCAGUGCAGAAAGAACGAGAUGAUAUGGAAACACGCCUACAGUCUUUGCAGUUUGAUAAGGAACAAAUGACAUCUCUUGCUGAGGCAAAUCAGGCAUUAAAACAACAAGUAGAACACAUGCAAGAAGAAGCAAAAAAGGCCAUUACUGAGCAGAAACAGAAAAUGAAGCGUCUAGGGUCAGAUCUGACGAGUGCUCAGAAAGAGAUGAAAGUAAAACACAAAGCCUAUGAGAAUGCAGUUGGCAUCCUUAGUCGUCGGCUACAGGAAUCCCUCGCUGCAAAGGAAUCUGCCGAAGCAGAGUUGAGCAAGCUAAAAUCUCAGAUCACUGAUGGUGGAAACAACCAGAUUGCUCAAGAAAGGAUUCAAGCUCUGGAGACAGAAUUGCAAGCUGUUAGCAGUAGUAAGUUGAUGCUGGAAAAAGAGUUGCAAGAAGUGAUUUCACUUACCAGCCAGGAGCUUGAAGAAUACAGAGAGAAAGUGCUGGAGCUUGAGGAUGAGCUUCAGGAAUCUAGAGGCUUCAGGAGGAAGAUAAAACGUUUAGAAGACAUAAAUAAGAAGUUGGCCCUUGAACUGGAGCAUGAACGUGGAAAACUUACAGGUCUCAGUCAGUCCAAUGCCGCUUUGCGGGAGCACAACAAUAUCCUUGAAACCGCAUUAGCAAAAAGAGAGGCAGACUUGGUACAACUGAAUCUACAGGUUCAGGCAGUCCUAAAGCGGAAAGAGGAAGAGGAUCAGCAAAUGCAACAACUUAUUCAAGCUUUACAGGCUUCCUUAGAGAAAGAAAAGUCAAAAGUUAAAGAACUUAAGAAGCAGGAAGCAGCAGCCAAAGUGGAUGCAGCACAUAACCGCCGUCACUACAAAGCUGCUGUGCUCGAGCUCAGUGAAAUCAAGAAAGAGCUACAUGCCAAAGAACUGCUUGUCCAAGCCCUUCAGGUUGAAGUGGACAAACUGCAGGUAGAGGAUGAAAAACGUUCCCAGGAGGUAUCACAGUUUCAGCAAGAGCUGGCAGAAGCCAGGUCUCAGCUCCAACUUCUGCAGAAAAAGCUGGAUGACAAGCUCACUGAACAGCCUGUAGUAAGCCAAGAGGUGGAAGACCUCAAGUGGGAAGUAGAACGAAAAGAAAGAGAUAUCGAAACACUUAGGCAGCAGUUGGAUAUGAGUGAACAGCGCAGCCACAAGGAGUUAGAAGGGAUACAAGUUGUCUUGCAGAAUAUCAAGGCUGAGUUGGAAAUGGUGAGGGAAGACCUAUCAGCGACUCAGAAGGAUAAGUUUAUGCUGCAGGCUAAAGUGACAGAACUGAAGAACAGCAUGAAGUCUCUGCUGCAGCAGAACCAGCAACUGAAGUCGGACCUGAAGCUCGGCAAGAUGAAGAAGAGGAAGGAAGUGAAAGGAGAGAAUAACUCUUCAAAUCCUGUGACUCCAGUCAAGAUUCCUGAUUGUCCAGUGCCUGCUGCCUUACUGGAAGAACUGUUGAAACCAUCGACAGCUGUGAGCAAGGAGCCUUUAAAAAAUCUGAACAGCUGUCUUCGGCAAUUGAAGCAAGAAAUGGACAGCCUUCAGCGUCAGAUGGAGGAACACACCAUUACAGUACAUGAAUCAAUGUCCUCGUGGACUCAGAUUGAGGGACAGCUAAUGGACCUUACCUCUACCGGUCCUGCAACUGCGUCAGACCAGCAGGAGGUUCCUACUGUAGAUGAAAAGAAAGAGAAUUGUAGUGUUAGUGACAAGGAAGCUUUGACGCUAUAACCUCCUUAUCAGUUGUCUUUCUUCCUAUUGCUUUAAGUAUGUAAACAAAUCUUUAUCAAAAUUAUUUAUUUAUUUCAUUUUCAAAAACGGUGUUCAGAGUUGUGCUUUUGCCUAUAGAAGCAAAGGUCAUGGUUUGAGAAACUGGUGUGAUUAAAUGCAGAUCAUGCCAUUCCACGGGUUUGUUUCAAACCUUACCAUAAUAAUUCUGUCAUGUUGGGGACUGCCAAGU